GCCGGCGCACCGAAACGGCAGGACACCAAGAAAUUUUUCGAGAAUCUGUCCGGUGCUGGUAAAUGCAUCGCGGUGCUAACCAGCGGAGGAGAUGCGCAAGGUAUGAAUGCAGCCGUCCGGGCCGUCGUCCGAAUGGGAAUCUACGUCGGAGCGAAGGUCUACUUCAUCCACGAGGGCUACCAGGGGAUGGUGGACGGCGGAGACAACAUAAAAGAGGCGACGUGGGAAAGCGUCUCCAGCAUGCUGCAAGUGGUGAGCAGAACGUCCUGCUGCCGUUUCAGGGAGGUACAGUCAUCGGCAGUGCUCGCUGUAAAGAGUUUCGUACACAUGAGGGCCGUCUGAAAGCCGCUCACAACCUGGUGCAGCGCAGCAUCACCAACCUGUGUGUGAUCGGUGGAGACGGCAGCCUGACCGGAGCCAACCUGUUCAGGGAGGAGUGGAGCGGCCUGCUGACGGAGCUGCUGCAGCAAGGUCUGAUUGAUGAGGAGGCGGUCCAGAAGAACUCUACACUCCACAUCGUCGGGAUGGUCGGCUCCAUCGACAACGACUUCUGCGGCACAGACAUGACCAUCGGCACCGACUCGGCUCUGCAUCGGAUCAUCGAGGUGGUGGACGCAAUCACGACCACUGCUCAGAGCCACCAGAGGACGUUUGUGCUGGAGGUCAUGGGCAGACACUGCGGAUAUCUGGCCAUGGUGAGCGCCCUGGCGUGUGGAGCCGACUGGGUUUUCAUCCCAGAAAUGCCUCCUGAAGACGGCUGGGAGGACAGCAUGUGCCAGAAACUGUCUGAGAACCGUGCCGAUAAGAAAAGGCUGAACAUUAUUAUUGUAGCCGAGGGUGCCAUAGAUUGCCACAACAAGGCAGUAACUCCCGAUUAUAUCAAGGAUCUGGUGGUGCGCCGCCUGGGCUUCGACACCAGGGUCACCAUCCUUGGCCACGUGCAGAGAGGAGGGACGCCCUCCGCCUUUGACAGAAUCCUGGCCAGUCGUAUGGGCGUGGAGGCAGUGCUGGCCUUGCUGGAGGCGUCUGCCAACACCCCGGCCUGCGUCGUGUCUCUGGUUGGCAACCAGGCUGUUCGACUACCGCUGAUGGAGUGUGUUCAGAUGACCCAAGAAGUCCAGAAGGCCAUGGACGAGAAGAAAUUUGAGGAGGCGGUCAGACUGCGCGGCAGGAGCUUUGAAAACAACCUGAUUACCUACAGACUGCUCUCCUACCGCAAAGCCGAUUCUGAGCUUCCAAAUAGCUCCUUUAAUGUGGCAGUGCUGAAUGUCGGCGCCCCGGCAGCAGGCAUGAACGCCGCGGUGCGCUCUGCUGUCAGAGUGGGAAUCGCCGAAGGCCACAAAAUGUUUGCUGUCAGCGAUGGCUUUGAGGGAUUCUACAAAGGACAGAUUAAGGAGAUCAAAUGGGGAGACGUUGGUGGUUGGACCGGUCAGGGAGGAUCUCUGCUCGGGACAAAAAGAACUCUUCCAGGAAAACAUCUGGAAAAAAUUGCUGAGCAGAUCCGGAUCCACAACAUCAAUGCUCUGCUGGUGAUCGGAGGGUUUGAGGCCUACGUGGGAUUACUGGAACUUUCUGCUGCACGGGACAAAUACACUGAGUUCUGUGUGCCCAUGGUUAUGGUCCCCGCCACCGUCUCCAAUAACAUACCCGGCUCAGACCUCAGCAUUGGCUCAGACACAGCUCUGAACGCCAUUACUGAUACAUGCGACCGCAUCAAGCAGUCGGCCAGCGGCACCAAGCGGCGGGUCUUCAUCAUCGAGACCAUGGGGGGCUACUGCGGCUACCUGGCCACGGUGGGCGGUCUGGCUGCCGGCGCCGACACCGUCUACAUCUACGAGGAGGCGUUUGACAUCCGUGACCUUCAGGCCAACGUGGAGCAUCUGACGCAGAAGAUGAAGACGAGCAUCCAGAGGGGCUUGGUGCUCAGAAAUGAGAACUGCAACGAGAACUUCACCACUGACUUCAUCUACCAGCUGUACUCUGAGGAGGGACGAGGAGUCUUCGACUGCAGGAAGAACAUCCUCGGUCAUAUGCAGCAGGGAGGAGCUCCGUCUCCAUUUGAUAGAAACUUUGGCACCAAAGUUGCGGCUAAAGCCAUGCAGUGGAUCACACGGACACUCAAGGACUCUUACAAAGGAGGUAAAGUGUGA